GGUGUGUGGUUGUGCUUAUUGUGUGUAGUGUCUUGAUAAACCUGUCCCUGUAUCAAAAUAGUGCUUAAGCAAUAAAUAAAAAACUGUAAUCCGAUGGAAAAAAAAGAAAGAAAACUAUGUGAACAGGAAUGUGUGAAAGCCUGAUAAAACCUCCCUCUUUUUCUUGCUUGCAAACUCACCAAGGGCCACCCUGUCCAGAUAUUUGAAUGUCCCCUCCCCUUCAAAGAUAUGCCAGGUUACAGAUGGGUGUGGCCGACAUGUGGUGGAGUGAGAAAGUUGAUAAGCCACAUUUACUGCAGAGUGAUCUGCAGUUUUAAGACGGGUGAAGUCAGAAUGUGGUUUAGUGAGAGAGCUGGCAGGCUACAUUCACUGCAGCUUUGCAACUAUGAAGGAAGCCGAAUAGAUUUUGGACCUGGGUACAACGUUUGACGGUUUAUGUGAAACUGACAUUAGCUGCCAGGGAGGUACAAUGGCACAUAAAGGAGUUAGUCUGGACAAGGACACUAUUUCUUGUUCAAUCUGUCUGGAUCUACUGAAGGAUCCUGUGACUACUUCCUGUGGACACAGCUACUGCAUGAACUGUAUUCAACGCCACUGGGAUGAAGAGGAUGAGAAGAAAAUCUACAGCUGUCCUCAGUGUAGAGAGACAUUCACACCGAGGCCUCUAGUGGUGAAAAACACCAUGUUAUCAGAUGUAGUGGAGGAACUGAAGAAGACUGGACUCCAAGCUGCUCCUGCUGAUCACUGCUAUGCUGGAGCUGAAGAUGUGGCCUGUGAUGUCUGCACUGGGAGAAAACUGAAAGCCCUCAAGUCCUGUCUGGUGUGUCUGGUCUCUUACUGUGAUCAACACCUUCAGCCUCAUCAUAACUCCUCUGCGUUUAAGAAACACAAGCUGGUGGAGCCCUCCAAGAAUCUCCAGGAGAACAUCUGCUCUCUUCAUGAUGAGGUGAUGAAGAUGUUCUGUCGUACUGAUCAGCAGUGUAUCUGUUAUCUCUGCCCUGUGGAUGAACAUAAAGGCCACGACACAGUCUCAGCUGCAGCAGAAAGGACUGAGAGGCAGAAAGAGCUCGAGGUGAGUCAACAAAACAUCCAGCAGAGAAUCCAGGACAGAGAGAAAGAUAUGAAGCUGCUUCAACAGGAGGUGGAGGCUAUCAAUCGCUCUGCUGAUAAAGCAGUGGAGGACAGUGGGAAGAUCUUCACUGAGCUGAUCCGUCUCAUAGAGAAAAGAAGCUCUGAUGUGGAGCAGCAGGUCAGAUCGCAGCAGAAAACUGAAGUGAGUCGAGUCAAAGAGCUUCAGGAGAAGCUGGAGCAGGAGAUCACUGAGCUGAAGAGGGAAGACGCUGAGAUGAAGAAGCUCUCAGACACAGAGGAUCACACCCAGUUUCUACAAAAUUUCUCCUCACCUACAUGUCUCAGUGGACCUAUAUACUUUCCUGCAAUCAACCCCUUUUGUCUGCGGCACUUUGAUAAAGUGCUAACGGCUGUUUCAGACACCAGAGAUGAACUACAGGACGUCUUGAAUGAGGAAUGGACAAAAGUCUCACUGGCAGUGACUGAAGUAGAUGGUUUACUGUCACAGGACCCCAAGACCAGAGCUGAUUUCUUACAAUAUUCACGACAAAUCACACUGGAUUCAAACACAGCAAACACACGUCUAUCAUUAUCUGAAGAGAACCGAAAAGUAACAUUCACGGUAGGACAAUAUUAUCCUAGUCACCCAGACAGAUGUACUGACAGGCCUCAGGUCCUGAGCAGAGAGAGUCUGACCGGACGUUGUUACUGGGAGGUGGAGAAGGGAGAGGGAGGAGUUUCAGUAGUAGUAGCAUACAAAGACAAUAGCACUGUAAAUGAAAUAUUUGGAGAUAAUAACAAGUCUUGGGCAUUAGGUUUUUAUAAAAAUCGUUAUGAAUUCAAACACAACAAAGUCCAAACUCCCGUCUCAGGUUAUCUGUCCUCCAGAGUAGGAGUGUACCUGGAUCACAGGGCAGGUACUCUGUCCUUCUACAGCGUCUCUGACACCAUGACUCUCCUCCACAGAGUCCAGACCACAUUCACUCAGCCUCUCUAUGCUGGUUUAUAUCUUCAUGGUCCCAUUGGAAACAUUGCUCAGCUCUGUGAGCUUAAGUAGGGCAAGUCAACUUCUAAGUGCAAGUGAGGUUGGCUCUUUGGUACAUUCUGUUUGAUUGCAGGUAAAAACAAGCAUUAUUGAAAUGUAAAACACAUCACUAAUGCAGGAUGAGGACUGUCCCAGGAAAAAAGGCCACAAAAUAGUUUCUACAAUUGAAAAAAAAAAAAAAUGUAAUACACUGGAUACAAUUUCAUCUUGUAUUGCAGUAAAUUAUUGUAUUGUUAAAUAUAGGACAGAAAUAUACUUUGCAUAUUUAUAGACGGGUGUGCAGGAGUAGGACGAGUAGUUCAAAAGUUGCAAAAAACCUCCCUCACACUGGCUUACUUGCAAAAAUAAAUGUAAUAGUAGGCAACGUUUUCGGUACUUGACCAUCAUCAGGCCUGAUGAUGAGUUUCUGAUGAUGGGAGUUUUUUUGCAAAUUGUUAAAUAUAGGGAAAUAAAUGGUUGAAAAGAACUCAGGGUCAUUACUGAAGUAUCAAUAUUUUCCCAGAGGAAUACUUAAAG